UAUGCUCAGUACAUCACAGAUCAGUUAAAUAAAUCAAAUUACAUGAUGAUUGAAGAUAAUAAAGAGAAUGAAGACCAUGCAUCUGAAAGAGGAAGAACAGCCAUCAUUUUUUCCUUGAAGAAUGAAGUCGGAGGACUUGUAAAAGCAUUAAAACUCUUUCAGGAGAAGCAUGUAAAUCUGGUACACAUUGAGUCACGGAAGUCCAAGAGACGAAAUUCUGAGUUUGAGAUCUUUGUGGACUGUGACAGUAACAGGGAACAACUGAAUGAGAUUUUCCACCUCCUGAAAUCUCAUGUCAACGUUGUCUCUAUGAACCCGACAGAGCAUUUCAACGUCCAGGAAGAUGACAUGGAGAAUGUUCCCUGGUUUCCAAAGAAGAUCUCAGAUUUGGAUAAGUGUGCAAACAGAGUGCUGAUGUAUGGGUCCGAUUUGGAUGCUGACCAUCCAGGUUUCAAAGACAAUGUCUAUCGCAAGAGGCGAAAGUAUUUUGCAGACCUGGCUAUGAACUACAAACAUGGUGACCCGAUUCCCAAGAUUGAAUUCACUGAGGAGGAGAUCAAGACUUGGGGAACUGUGUACCGAGAGCUUAACAAGCUUUACCCAACUCAUGCCUGCAGAGAGUACCUUAAAAACUUGCCCUUGCUCACCAAAUACUGUGGGUACAGGGAAGACAAUAUCCCCCAGUUGGAAGAUGUGUCCCGCUUCCUGAAAGAGCGCACAGGUUUCACCAUUCGCCCCGUUGCUGGCUAUCUGUCACCCAGAGACUUCUUGGCAGGAUUAGCAUUCAGAGUAUUUCACUGCACUCAGUAUGUUAGACACAGCUCGGACCCUCUCUAUACACCAGAGCCCGAUACCUGCCAUGAGCUCCUAGGGCAUGUCCCUCUUUUGGCUGAACCCAGUUUUGCUCAGUUCUCCCAGGAAAUUGGUCUUGCAUCACUUGGCGCAUCAGAUGAGGCUGUCCAAAAACUGGCAACAUGCUACUUCUUCACCGUAGAGUUUGGCUUGUGCAAGCAAGAGGGACAGCUACGAGUUUAUGGGGCUGGCUUGCUCUCUUCGAUUAGUGAGCUCAAGCACUCGCUCUCUGGCAGUGCCAAAGUCAAGCCUUUUGAUCCAAAGGUCACUUGCAAGCAAGAAUGCCUCAUUACAACUUUCCAGGAGGUUUACUUUGUUUCUGAAAGUUUUGAAGAAGCAAAGGAAAAGAUGAGAGAGUUUGCAAAAACCAUCAAGCGCCCAUUUGGUGUGAAAUACAAUCCAUAUACUCAAAGUGUACAGAUCCUGAAGGACAUGAAGAGCAUUGCCAGUGUGGUAAAUGAGCUACGCCAUGAGCUGGACAUUGUCAGUGAUGCCCUCAGCAAGAUGGGCAAGCAGCUGGAAGUUUAACACCCCUGUCAGCAGUGUGGUGCACUUGGCAACUCACUUUUCCCUACUGAUUUCUUUAUAGAAAUGUAAUGUGUUGUAUGCAGAACUCUCUCCUUUACAGAUGGAAGAGUGAAUUGCCCAUGAGGAUAAUAACUUUAUCGUGUUUCUUUGUGUAAAAUCCCUUACAGAAUGUAUUCCCCCAUCCCCUCAGUUAAAAAAAGCCUGGAGCUGCCAUUGAAAAUCUAGUGGGGGAGUAGAGAAAUUGCUAGACUGGAGCAAAAGUGUGGUCUGUGGAUCAGGGCUGGAAUCAGAUGCUGCAGAAGGUGGUUUAUGAGGCAAUAAUGGAAUAAUUCACCACAGGGAAAUGUCUAUUUCUGACUCUAGUAGUCUACGCUACUGAUUUUACAGCAUUGCAGACUUUAUAGCGUAGAAGCUAUAGUAAUCAGUGCUUCUAAGUCUGUGCUUCUAAGUCUGUGCUACUAAGUUUAAAACUCAAAUGAUUACAAUGCAGGUGUCAGGACACAAAUAGCUGGAGGUUCACCAUGAUAAAAUUGAGGAGUCAAAUCUGGCUUUCAAAGGGAUCAUUCUUGACCCCAAAGAAUUGCAAAUGUGUUUGUCAUGUUUCUAGUAUAAGGCAGAGAUACAGAAAUCAUAAUUCUGUUUAUUUUAAAAGAUUUGCUAUCGGCUCAGAGGCUCAAGCUUUUUGUUGCUGUCCAGGUUACUGCACCUGAAGGAAGACCUUUCCUUACAGAAAUACCAUUUGCAUUUUUCCUGAUUUAAUUUAUUUAACAAAAAAUAUAGCAAGCCAUUGGGUACUGACUUAGCAUAAAGCCUAAAACCAUUUCCAAAUUACAAUUUAAUAUUCCAAAUAGUUUCAUCAGUUCUAAAAGAACACCGGAGUUUAAAAUAACAGCCGGAGUUCAUAGUCUAGUCUGCUUUUUGUAAGAGUAAGUAUCCUAUUAAUUGCUUGGUCACUUUAUUAAGUUGUACAAACUGCAUUUUGUUUCUUCUUUACUAGGCCUGAACACCUUCAUUCCCUAUCAAGCAAAUAAGUGAAAAGCUCAAGUGGUUCACGGGAAUUCUAUGGCUAUGAAUGCAACAUACUACCUUGUAGCAUAAAGUGUAAAAGUGUAUUUAAUUCUAAAGCUCACUUUACAAGCGGUGGGAAGCAGUGUCCUGCUGAAUUGUCUGUACCACAUUGUAGCAAACUUCCCAGGUUUCAGGGCUCCACAGUUUCAGCAUCCCACGCAGCUGCACAAAGCUGUGUCCACUGUGGUUUCUGCUGACACUGGCGAUGAAAUGAACGUGUCUACAGGAGAUGACACAUUUGAAUGGAAGGUCUGUGAUGUGCAGGGUGUAUUUAAUACCAUCCUAGAUACUGAUUCUUCACAGGUAGAAUUAUCAGGAAAUUCAGAAUUUGCAGCUGUGGAGGGUCACUGAAAAAAAUGGACUGAAAUCUUAAAUACACUGGAGAUGCUAGUCCCAGGUUUUGAGAACUUGAAAGGAAAUCAGUUUGAGUUUCAUAUGCUUCCUACUAGGCCACAUCUGCUCCAUAAGCAAUCGUUGGCCCAAUCUUUCCAAGUAUAUUUACUGUUUAAAUCUAGUCUAGAUCUUUUUUGCUGUGACUAUUAACCCACUAUAACUUUUUUUUUUUUAAAGGACUUCUAAGACAUAGAAAUACGGUCUACAAUAUUUAUGGCUUACAUUAUGCUUUAAAAUAUAUUUUAGGAGCUUUGUCUUUCUAAAGAAGAAACCUUAUUAGUGAGUAGUAAGGGAGGUUCUACUUUGUCUGCUUCUGUGUUAACAGUUAAUAUUCAGAUGCAUUUUAAAAUACGUUGGGAUUAUUAUGUUGUUGGAACAUACAUAGAUCUGCGUUACUUCCAAUCUUUGUCUGAACUACGUAUACAUUUGAAGUAGGAAUCCUUAUACUUGGUAAAUUAGCACCUAUUUUGAAUACAUUGGAAAACCAGCAAUUGUGUCUUUAUUUGCACUUGUGUAGCAAAAAAUUAAGUAAGCUGCUGAAAGUAAUACAGAGAAGAUGCAUUUCCAACGCGUAUGUUUGGCUUCGUGCACCCAAACCUUCUGGCUAUGUAGAACAGUAAUAAUUUAAAUAUUUUAAACUAUUGUGGAAGCUCUGAAUGCCAGUGAAAUAAACGACUCGGUAAUUA